AUGAAGGCUCAAGGACUACACAAAUUGAAUAAUCUACUGGAGACAGUUAAUUUGAGAAAUCAGGAAUUACUGUCUUAGUUGCAAUCAGACUAUAAAUCAAGAGAGACAUCGCCUCCGAAACCUAAGAUUUUAUCAUCUUCAUAAAUAGAAAUGCAACAAUUGGCUGAAAAAAACAAACAAUUAGUUGAGGAUCUCAACUUUUUGAAUUUAAGCUUUAAGGAAUUGAAAUUGGGAACAGAUGAAUUGAACUCUAAAAAUUAGUCACUCAAAAAACAUAUAAAAGAACUUCUGCAGACACUCAAACACAAGGAAGACGAACUUAAAAAAGCUAGAGAAAAACAAAAAAAUGGAGAGCAAAUUGAAGAGAAUAAAACUUAAGAAAAAUCUGUGAUUGAUUAUGCUAUAUACAUGGAAAAAUAAUUCUAGACUUUGGAAGACAAAGUCAAAAAGUAUAAAAAGCUGUUAGAAAAGAAUGGAUAUGAUGAUUAAUUAGCAAAAAAAGUUGAGGAAUAGAAGAAAUCUAUUUAGUAAUUAAUAUAAGAGAAGGAAACAAUCAAGAGAGAAAAAGAAGAAAUCUAAAACCAGAUCUAAAAUUAAAGAUCUGAUUUAGAGCCGCAACUCAAAAUUCUUAAUGAAUAACUUCAAAAUAGUGAGCAAUUACACAUCCAGGAAAUCCAACUUAAGAACAGCAUGAUAGAGAAAUUGAAUAAUCAAUUGAUCAAGUUAAUGGAUAACCAAAAAUAAUUAAAUGAAUCUAAAUCACAUAACUAAAUAUUACAAUCGAGAAUCACCGAGUAAGAAAGAAAAUACAAAGAUUUAGAUGAAUAGGCCAAACAUGUGAAUGGCACUGCUCUCGAAUAUUCAAAAUAAAUUCAACAAUUAAAUAAAGAGAUUUAAACCUAUAAAUAAUAACUAGCAUAAUAAGAGGAGCAAUGCAAUCGAAUUGUUUAGUAAAAAUAAAAAGAAAUUAAUUAAGUGCAAUCAUAAUUAGAGUAGAAGCAUCUUGAAGAAACCUUAAAAAAGUAAUAAUAGAAUGAAUAGUAAUAUCUUUAGGUAAUAGAAUAAUUCAAUUCAUUAUAAAAUAAAAUUGCCUUAUUAGAAGAUGAAAAUAGUUCUCUUAAACAAAAAUCAUUUAAAACACUGAAAAAUGUAGUGCAAGAAUUAAAAAGAAUGAAGUUAGAAUUAUAAAAUCUGAAAAUGAUGGGUCACUAUGAUAUCUCAUAACUUAAUGGAUUAGAAUAAAUUUUAAUGGAUUAAUUGGAGUAAGCCAUAUCACAACCUCACAAGAAUUAAGAAUAUAUGUAAGAAAUAGUUUAAGAAAUGAGUCAAGAAUAAUCUUUGACAGAGAGAACUCAAGUUUAGAAUCAAUUAUAAUUGUAGCUUAUUAAGCAUAAAUAAGUGUUUAAGUUUAUAUUGGAAGACGUAUGUAAUAGUGAAGUUAUAAAAUAAUAAAUUUUAAAUACUUUAGGGUAAUUCAAGUAGUUUUUAUUGAACAUUAUUUAAUAACAGUAUCUAAAAUCUUUAGAUUUGAUGAAUAAUUAAAAAUAAGAUUAUUCAUCCUAAAUUGAUAGUUUGAUCUAAGAAUUAAAUAAUGUCAAUCAACAACUUUUUGAAAUGUAAAAAUAGAACACUAAUUUACAAGAACAAAUAUAAUCUAAAUAAGAUGAACAUUAAUAUGAAAUGUAAAAUCUUUAAGGAUAAAUUGAUAACUUAAACUCAAUUUUGGAAGAGACUAAUUAAAAUUUAGAGAAGGACAAUCAAAAUUAAGCAUUAAUUGAUCACUAUCAAAAUUAGAUUUCAUAAUUAGAAACUUAAUUAGCAUAAUCAUAAUAACAAUAAAAAACACAAUAAUAAACAUUAAAUACAGCAAUUGAACAAAGCAAUGUUAAAGAUGCUGAAUUGAAUGAAACAAAAUAAAAGUUAAACUCACUCAAUACUCUGUUAAAAUAGAAAGAGGAAGACUUAAAAAUGUAAAAAUAAUUAGCCUAAACAAAAUCUACUAAGUAUGAUCAGGAAAAAUUAUUAACCUAAAAACUUCAAUAAGAGAUAGAAGCACUUAAGACAUAAAAUAAAUAAUUCUAAUUAGACUUGAAUAGAUAGAAAGAUUUAAAUAAGCAAUAAUAAACCGAUUUAGGCAAACUAAAAGCAGACAAUUAAUAAUUGAAAUAACAAUCUGAAUAAUUCUUAUAAACGUAAUAAGAAUUAACCAAAAUUAAAUCUGAAUUUAGUAAGACUUUGUAAGAGAAGAACACCUUAUAAGAAUAGUUUGAUGAAGUAAAAAAAUCUCAAGCGUUAUUAACUACUUUAAAUGAUGAGUUAUAAGAAGAAUAAUAAAUUAACGAUAAGCUUAAAUAAUAACUCCUAGAACUAUAAUUAGAAUUCGAAAACUCGAAAGAAUAGAUGGAAAAUUAUAGUUAGGAUAAUGAAAGACUUAAAUAAUAAUUGAAAGACUUGAAUAAUGAUUAUGAGUUAACACUUUAAGAGAAUCAAAUGUUAUAAGAACAAAUUAUUUCCAAAGAUUAAAAUUUAAUUUAAUUAUAAUCAUAAUAGCAAGAAUAAAUUAAUCUGUUUUGCAGUUAAAGUAUAGAAUAAUCAGAUUUGAAAAAUAAAGAUUUGGCAAAUUCAAAUGAAUCUUUAUAAUCACAAAUCUAUGAUCUAAAACUAUCAUUAGAAUAAGCCUAAGAAACAAUUGGAUAAAAUUAAACGAGUAUUUAAGAGCUUUAAGCUGAUUCCUUAAAACUUAAGGAUGAAAAUUCUACACUAAAAAAUUAAAUUUAGGAAUUAUCAAUCAAGAAUUAACAGAUUUAAGAAAGUUUAGAAACGUAAAUGAGUAUCUCUUAAAAUCAAGAGAAAUUAAUUUAAAAUUAAACAUCAUAACUUGAAUAAGAAUAAGUUAAUAACUAAAGACAAGGAAUUCAAUUGACAAAUUUGAAUAAAAAAUUUGAAGCUCUAGAGUAAUAAUUAGAGAGUAAAGAUCAAGAAUUAAAUGAAUAUAUAUAGUAAACAAAUUAUCUCAAAAUAAAAAAUGAAUAAUCAGAAUAGCAAUUAUUCAAACAAUCUUAAGAAUUAUAAAGCAAUAAGUCUCAGAAUCAAAGUUCAAAUGAGAGUAUUGUCUAACUUAAUGAACUUGUUAAUCAUUUAAGAGAAGGGGAGAAAUAACUAUAAGAAAGUGUGAAAGAAAUACAAAAUUAAAAAUCACAAAUUCAAAAAUAGUUAGAGGAGAAAGAACAAUUAUUAUAGAAUUUACAACAGGAAAAUAAAAAUUUAAACGCUGCUUUAUUGGCAGAAAAAAGUGAAAAUUAAACAUAAUCUGAAUAAAUUAGAUCAUUAUAAAAUGAGUUAAUUUAAAAAAUAAAUGAAACAACUUUAGAAAAUGAGAAAUAAUUAUAGUUGAAUAUUCAACAAUAAAACAACAAAAUUUAGUAAUAUGAACUUUAGAUAUCAAAAUAUAAAUAGCAAAAUGAAAAUCUAAAUAGUAAUUUGUAGGAGGCUGAAAAACAUAAAUAAUUAGAUAAAAAUUAAAUAGCAGAACUAAAUUAGAAUAUCUAAGAGUUGUAAAGAAAUUUGCAAUCACAACUCUCUUAGAUAGAGGAAUCUAAAUAAUAAAAUAAUUAGAAAGACUAAUAAAUAUAGUAACUUUUACUUAAAAUUGACGAAUAAAAAUCUUAAAUCGAAAGCAUAAGCUUACAACUUUAAAGUGAAAAAAAGAACCUUCUUGAAGAUAAUGAUGUUUUGAAGAAUGCCAAUUAACAACUUUAAGGUUUGGAAUAGUAACAAUAGACAAUAAUUGCACAACUUAAAUAAGAUUAUGAAAAGAAAAUAUCAGAAUAAAAAGACUUGGAAAAUUAAAUUCUUAAAUUAGAGUAGAAUUAUCAAAAUGAAUCUUCAAAUAGAUAAACUAUUUAAAACUCCCUAAACUAAUAGAGAGAAGAAAAUGAAUAAAAUUAAUAAGAGUUAAAGAAUAGAUUAAUUUAAAAUUAAUCUCUUAUUGAAGAAGUCGAUACAUUGAAAUAGUAACAUCUCUUAAAUUAAGAAGAAAAUUUAAACUUGCAAACCUAGUUGAAAGAUUUAACUUAAGAAGAAUAAAACAUUCGAGCUAAUGCUAGGUAAUAAGAAUAAAUAUAGAAUUAAAAGAUUUAGGAGUUAAUAAAUGAAAAUAGAGAAGCCUAAAAUUUAGUUGAGAUCCUAUAAAAAUAAAUAGUCUAAAUCUAAUAUGAAAAGGAAAAAAUCGAAGAAGAAUUAAGCGAAAAGAACUUAUAAUUAGAUAAUUAUUCUAAUGAAAUAGAGGAUUAAAAGACUUAAUUUUUAUAAAAAAUAGAAAUUUUAUAAUAAAAUUAAUAGAUUUUGGAAAUUUAGAAAAAAUAAACUGAUAAUGAAAUACUAAAUUAUUAAAACUAAAUUGAGAAGUUGAAUUAAGAUAACUUAUAAUUGUAAAAUGAAUUAAAGGUCUUAAGUUCAAAUAUUUAGAAAGAUAUUGAUAGUAUGAAGGAAAAAUAAAUUGCUGAAAAGGAUGCAUAAUUAUAACUAAAAAACCAAGAAAUAAAAGAAUUAAAAGAAAAAAAUAUUUAAUUGGAUGAAAAAAUGAAAUUAAUUGGAGAAUUACAAAAUCAAAUUAGAUAAACAAAUGAAAAAUUCCAGGAAAAUCAAUAAAAAUUACAGGAAUUAGAAAUUACUAUUAAUUAAUUAAAUUAGGGAAUAUAAACUAAAGAAUAAGAAUGUUAGGAGAGUCUGAAAAAGAGCAGAGAAUUGGAGGAUCGUUUACUUGUAGCGCAAUAAGAGAACAAAAAGCUUAUUUCCUCAGUUGAAAAUCUUUAAGAAGAAAUUUCACAGAAAAAUUAGAAUGAGUAGACAAUUUAAGAUGAACUUAAGCAGUUUUAAUAAGAAGUAAGUAAAAUAAAAGAGGAAAAGAUUUUAUAAGAAUCAGAAAUAAUAUCAAAAAAUACAUAACUUAAUUUAUAAGAAUAAAAAAUAUCUUAAUUAAAUGAUGAAAAGGACUAUUUGAAAACUUAAAUGAAUGAAGGUAAAGAUAUGUUAAAGGAUUUGUAGUAAAAGUUAGAGUUAUAAUAAUAAAGACAAUAGAAAUAUGAAGCUUUGGUGAAGAAUGAGGAGCUUAAAUACUUACAAAAAAUAGAAAAUUUAGAAACCGAAUUAUCCUCAUAGUAAGUAAAUUCAAAGUUAAAAAUUGAAAAUGCUAAAAGGAAAUUACAUUCUAUAUUAAUCGAGUUUGGCAAAUGCAAAAGAUAAUAAUAACACUCAACUAAUUUUAUUAAGGAUUAAUUAGUAAAGUUUAAUAAAACAUAUCAAACAAUUUUGGUUAAAUUGGUUAAGAAGCUUAGUGUGAUCAAUUCAUAAAUAGCCUAAUUGAAAUUAAAUCAUUAAGAGUUAGAUGAUAUGUUGAGAGUACAAGUUAAAAUAAAUCCCUAAAUUUAUAAGCACUUAAAUUAAUUAUAAUAAUAAUAGGAAUCGGUUGUCAAAAGCUUUAAAGAGAAAAUAUAAUAGCUAAUGUCUCAGUAAGAAAAUAUGCUAUUUGCUGAUGAGAAUAGAAAAUAAGAAAUUUAAUCUUUGUCUACUGACAGGAGUGACUUAAAAAACCAAUUACAAGAGACUAAUUAAAAAUUAUAACAGCAGUAAUAAAUAAAUUUAGAAUUAAAAGAAGAAAUCUAAAGAUUAGAAAGCUAAAAUUUGUUAUAUUAAGGUUAAAUCUAAGAAAAAAAUAGUGCAAUAGAUUAAUAAAAUGAAAAAUGUAAGUUAAUUCCUAAUCUCAAAAAUGAAAUCCAAUAGUUAGAGUAAUAAAGACAGAGAUAACAAACCAUGAUUAAUGAAAUUCAAGCAAGCUUUUAGGUUACGAUUGAUCAUUAAUAAGAGUAAAUUUAAUCUCUAAAAGAAUAAAAUAGAGAUUUACUAUCUGGACAGGAAAUUAAGACCUAAGAUAUUUAUUUAAAACUAUAAAAACUAGAAUAGUAAUUAAUUAAAGAGAAACAAUUUAGUUAAUAAAUAUUUGACAAGCUUUCAUCAAAGGAUGAGGAAAUACAAUAACUUUAAUUAGCAUAAAGAAAAAAUCUCUCAGAAAUAGAUAAUCUAACUAAUAUCAAUGAAGAUCUUAAUGAUAAGAUUGAAAACCUUAAGGAUCAGACAUAGAGAUUUUAGGUUUAUUUUUCUGAAAAAGAAGAAACGAUUAGAAAUUUGAAAGAAACUGUCUAUAAUCAGAAUUUAUAAUUGGAGGAAAAAGGAAAAAAGCUAAAUUAGCUUUAAAAUGAUAAUGAAGUUUUAAGGAAAAAGUAUAAGGAUUAAGAAGAGUAGAUGAUGAAAAAUGAUAUCAAAUUUUAAAGACAAAACAAUAGAAUGGAAUAAAUAUAAAAGUUAAUUAAAGACUAUCCAAAAAUAAGUAAGGAGAUUGGUGAUACCAUCAAAAAUACAGAAGAAUUCUGUCUCGAAAAGUUAAGAUUUUUGACUUAAUUAUUUAUGAAAAAAAUUUAAACUUUGCAAGAGAAAAUCGAAGAGUCUGAAACUGCUAACGAAUAAGAAAUAUAGAAGUUAAAAAAAUAAUUAUAAUAGUAGUAAUAAUAAUAUGAUGAGAUGUUUUCAUAAACUUUAACUAUCAACAAUGAAAAUCCUGAUAUGAUGACUCAUUUUAAGGAUGUAUUGAAAAAUGCUAUAUCUGAAAGAGAUUAAUUUUAGUAAGAAUUAAAAUAAAAGAAGGAACAAUUUGAUAAUGCCUCUGUUGAAAAUAAUUAUCUAAAAUUAUAGGUAUAAAAUUUAAAGGAUUAAUUGGAACAAAAAUGGAAUGAGAGUGCUAAUUAAAGUCUUGAUUUAAGUUCAAUUGAUAAUCAAGAGAUUAGAAAAUUCGAGCACAGCUCCAUUAAUAAUGCAACAAUAAUUGAUCCUACUGUUUAAAGUGGACAUACUAAAAGUAGUUUAUAAAUUAAAGAAUUUUAAAAUUAACUUGCACAAUAAUUACAAUAAUAAAAUGAAAAUAAUAAUACCAAAUUUUAUGAUUUAUAAUUAGAAAUAGACAGUUAUAAAUAAGAAAUUGAAAAGUACAAAAUGAAUUUAAUUGAUUAUUAAUAGGAGGAACAAAAAAUGGUUAAGAUGAUAUCUGAUUUAAAGAGAGAGAAUUAUCAGCUAUCAUAAACAAUUAACUAAACGGAUACAAAAUCUUUGAAAUAACAGAUAAAAUAAUUACUUUAGUCUUUCCUUGUAUCACUAUAAAAUUAGGCUUAAGAAACUGAAGAUUACUUUUAAAUUCUAUCGAAGAUGUUGGAACUAACUGAUCAAGAAAGAACAAAAUUCUAGGCCAUAGUAAGUUAGAUGAACCAAAGGAAGAAAGGAGGCUUAUUUAGAUGA